CAAACAAAACUGGUUUUUCUUGUUGAGAUGAUUCCAAGUCGUUGCUUAGAUACUUUCGCGAUCGCUGUAGCAUGCAUUUAUCAGUCAGUGACGGGCAGUGGUACUAUCAAGAUCAACUACCUUGCGGGCGUUUAAGCAGUAACAAAGUGGCUUCCUAGUUGUAUGUUCCAGUAUGAUGAAGCCGAUAGCAUUUACUCUAAUUGCUUGUGUACUUGGAAGAGUUUCAGCCUUCAGACAUCCAGGAGAGUCACAAUUUAUAGCAAACGAACGUACCAAUUUAGAUGAUUGCCGCCAGCGCUUCUUCCAGUACUUUUACGCGUCGGAUCCGUUUGGAAUCAGUGGCCUUCCGGCGCGUUUGUAUGAGUUUGCCCACAUGGGAGCGAUUGGCUGGAGCCAGCCGAAUGGGACCGUAGACUGGCGAUGUGGCGGAUCGUUGAUAUGGGACAAUUUUGUGCUAACGGCGGCGCACUGUGCGAUCGACUACCGGAAUGUUCCCCCGGAUGUGGUUAGAUUCGGUGAUUUGAACAUUUUUACUGAAGAGGGUGAUGAAUAUGCGCAGCAAAUCGUGAUCGCCAAGUUUGUCCGUCAUCCGGGACAUCGAUUCUCGUCACAUUACCACGAUAUCGCACUUAUACGGUUGGAGCGGAAUGUAACAAUCAACGAAACGGUUCUUCCAGCUUGUCUCUGGACGGAUAUGGAAGUACGGUUCAAACGAAUGGACGCUGUUGGAUGGGGCAAAGUUGGAUUUACUGGUGAGCAAUCUCCAGAGCUGUUAAAGAUGGGUCUAUCACCUAUAUCCAAUGAAGAAUGUGGUAAGGUAUUCAACAAAGAAACCAAUAGAAGACUACGGGCGGGCCUUCAAGAGCAUCAUAUUUGCGCAUCGGAUGAGAAGGCAGAUACCUGCGAGGGUGACUCCGGAGGACCACUGCAGGUCAAGCUAAUGCACAACAUGAGAGAGACCCCGUUUAUCGUGGGAGUUACCUCGUUUGGACUGCCAUGUUCUCCGGAAAAUCCCGGAGUGUACACCCGGGUGGCCUCCUAUGUAGACUGGAUCGUGGACACGAUGCAGAACCACGGUGCCGUCGUGGAUGACCAAACAUUUAACACGACCAUUUGUGCCCUUCGUCAUGCUCCUCUUAGGGAGUAUUACGCUGGGAUUGUGACAGAACGGAACGAUACCAAAGCGACGAUCGAUGUUUUUCAGAAGCAUUUGACUGAUGUGGCCGACUUGCCGUCGUUUAUUGCAAAACUUGAUCAUGAAAACUGUUACGGAGUCAUUGUAGACGAAGAAACUGUUUUGACGACAGCUGAUUGCGCUGGGUAUAAAGGUAAACGAAUCAGGCGGAUUGUUCUCCCAGAGCAAAUCGACAUAUCAACAACUCACAUACAUCCUGGAUAUACUAAAGGCAGCAGCGAUAACAACAUUGCAAUCUUGAAAUUGGAAAGACUGUUAGAUUUUAGUUCAGAUGCAUCUGCCGCAUGCAUUUGGCAUGGGACCGAGCUACCGAACGACACAUUAAGAACUGUUGGUUUUGGUAGAAGCGAUCUCAAUAAGGAACAUUUUUACGAAGGAAUAAAUCCAACCACAAAAUUUCGGACUUCGAAAGUAACCGCGCAGAAUAAGACUAACUGUCGGAUAUCCGCCGAGCAUUUACCUUUUCUAAAACGUGGCCCAACUCCGGAACACAUUUGCGUUGGUAACGAUUUCUUUCUGGUGCCGGAAGUGUGUAAUCUUGCCGUCGGGGGAUCUUUGUAUAGUUCGAUAUACGAGAGUAAUUUCCGUCAUAAUUUCGCAUACGGACUCGCUCAGUUCGGUAGAGAUUGUGGCUAUGGGGAACAUCUGAUUGCAACUCGACUUUCAAGCCAUGUGGAGUGGUUGAAGUCGGUACUGUUACCUAAGCAUAGUCAAGUUGAUAGUGAUUCGCUGACCUUUUUGGAUCCAGAUCUUCACGAUGGAGAUCGGUGCUAUGUAGAAGCUGAACAGGAAGGACGAUGCGUUCCACUGGCGAAGUGUACUCAUAGUUUUCAGAGCUUUAUCGUUCAUAGUAAAGUGAAGUUUUGUUCUACAACGAGUGUCAUCUGCUGUCCUUUGGAUAUUAUCGAAAGUAACGAGCAACGAGAUCUGCAAUCAGAUUUAGACGAUUGUCCUUCCAUUGUGAAUCAGUUGGAGCCUUCUGAUGAAGAUGGAAUUUUGGUACGUUUUGGAUGGGAUGCCGGAGAUAGGUAUGAAAUCGGAUGCCUGGGAUCGAUCAUAACUGCUCGCGUGGUAGUUACAACUGUGAGUUGUUUGGGACCAAAUAAGCCGGACGUUGUUCAACUGCUGGCAGAUAUUGAAGAUGAUUUGUUUUUGAUAGAGAAUGUGCUCCUCCACGAAUCGUAUAAUAAAACCGUCGGUAGCAACGACAUUGCCCUGGUCAAGAUUAAAGAAUCGCUCACGUGGAGUUCAUCAAUAUAUCCAGCGUGUCUCUGGAUGAACGAAACGCAUACUCCACUUGUCAUGAGAAUGAUCUUUGAAGACGAUGACCAACUGGAUCAUGCCAAGAUCAUAGCCAAGUACAACUCUGACUGCCAAAGAACUCACCCAAGCCCGCUGCACCCGUCUCAGCUGUGCGGUCGAACGCCAAGGCGUGAUUCCGUGUGCCGCAAUGCAAGUGAUGUUCUGAUAUCGCAGCCCACCGAAGGUGGAGUUACUUAUCUGGUUGGGAUGGCACAGCAUGAGGAACAGUGCAGCUCAUGGCGGCACGGGACGUUUACCCGGAUUUCGGCGUUAGUUGGGUGGAUCAAACGAAACGUUUUGAAUCUGGACAGGUGGAAUACUUGAGAAGUUUGACUACCGUGCGUCUCCACGUCAUCAAUCUAAUAAAAUGUAAUUUUG